AUUUAGUAUAACAUAUAUUGUGGAAUAUUUUCACAUUGCACUUUAAUACAUGGCACAUUUCCAUGAGUUCUGAGACAAGGACAUGAACUGUUACAGUACAAACACAACGAUUCGUGAUGUCAUCAACCUCUUGUCACAUACCUUCAACAAAGCACAAGUUCACUGUGCUGUAGUCCCUGCUGUUGCUCAAUCGCUCCUGAUAACACCUUUACCUGCCCAUGGGCUGGGUGAUAUAAAGUCUCGAGAGAGGACACCCAGCAUAUCUCACAUUCAUUUCGAACAUCCAAACGUACUGGAUCCCAGCAGUGAGCAGUCAUGCCGUCUGAGCUAGAACACGCCAUGGAGUCCCUCAUCAUGGUGUUUCAUCGAUAUGCUGGCAAAGAGGGGUCGCCCGGCACCCUGAGCCGCCGCGAGCUCAGAACUCUGAUGGAGAGCGAGCUUUCUGGGUUUCUAAAGUCUCAGAAGGACCCGACCGUAGUAGACAGACUUAUGAAGGAUCUAGAUGCCAAUAGGGAUGGCGAGGUGAACUUUGAGGAGUUUGUGUCAUUGGUUUUGGGUUUAUCCAUGGCCUGUGAAGAAUGCUACAGGAUGCGAUUAAGGAAGACACAAAGCUGGAAAUGAAUAGAGGGAAAUAUGAAAAAAAUAAAUUGUGAAUUUUGACGAAUUGAUGUUGUAACUUUUCAUCUAUUCAAAUAUAUAUAAAUAUACAUUUCAAAAUGUCUAAUGAGUUUGUGUUAUUGUAUGUGUAAGGAGGGACAGGUAGGAAUUUAUUGAACGAAAACCAUAAAAACGUUCCUUCGCCGCCCGGGUUAAAGUACACUGGGUGUGUGAUGAUUAUUGAAUUGUUCUUUGCACUGUAAACAUUCUUCGCAGCUUUGACAUUUUCAGAUCUUUAUUAUUAAAAUACAUUAUGUUUUCUGGGGUAAUGGAAAUGCUGUUUAAUUUUGCCUAAAUUGUGAUACUGAUAGAAUGAGUUUUCCUAUUUGAAUUAUGUUUUAUGUCAGAUGGCCGAAUCAAUUCAUAUCCUCCUAUUUUGUUUAUUUGUUGUCCUGUCAUCUUUUUUUCAGUACAUUGUUUACAAUAUUACCUUUUUUCUCUAUUAAUGGUUACAAUACAAACACAUUG